AUGAGCAAUUACAAAAAAUCCUUUGUGAAAUGUAAUUUAAAUAACUAAUUAAAAGUCCUUAGAUCAAUAGAUUUAUUUGGAUAAAAUAUUCUUCUUAAUCUUAAUGGUGAAGAUUAAUAUAAAACUGGUUGUGGAGGUUUAAUGACUUUAAUCAUUUUGGCAAUCGUUGUGUUAUUCUUUUAAUCCAACAUAAAAGAUUUUGUCAACAAAGUUAAUAUACAAAGUGAAAGCAAUUAACUUUUUGAAGAUCAACCAGAUUUAAUCUAUUUAAAUGAUACAAAUUUUAUGUUUGCAGUAGCUAUUGAAUAAACAAAUUUCAAUUCUAAUCCAUUUUUCAAUAUCACUAUGGCAUCAAGGUAUUUCUAUAUAAUAAUUUAGACGUUACGAACGAUAAGGUGAUGGAUCACUAUAUAAAGAUGAGACUUUAUUAGAUCUUGUUCCAUGCACUGUAGAGAGAUUCCAAUAGAUUUUUAAUUAGUUUGGAUAAAAUUUUACUCAACAAUAUAAUGAGAUUGGUUUAGACACAUGGUUAUGUCCAUAGUAUUUUAUAAUAUUAUAAUUAGAAUGAAUUACUCAUUUACACUCAAAGGAAGGUACACUAAUAAUUUAUUUGAUUUUCUGAAAAUAACUGUUAGUCAAUGUAGCAACCAUUCUCAGACAAAUUCCUUUUAUACAUGGUAACCUACUUGUGCAUCCAAUGAAGCAAUAUCACAAUGGCUCAUACAAUAGAGAUAAUAUAGAGUUAAAAUGUAUUAAUUACAUUUUAUAUAGAUAUAUUACAAAUCAAAAGAUUAGUCCAUAAAAAGGUGAUGAUUAUGUUUAAUCAUUUUUAGAUGAUGAAUUAUUUUUCUCAUUUAUUCCCUAAGUUGUUGGUAAAGAAGUUGACAUAUUUUUUACUAAAUAUCUUAUGUAAACAGAUAAUAAUCUACUUCCAACUGGUAGUACAUUUGAUACAAAAGAGUUGUUUGCCAAAGAAUAAGGAGAUUAUAGAGAUUAAAACAGUUUUGCUAGUGAUACAUAUGCAACAAUUUAUCUUAGAAGAUCCCCUUACACUACAUAUAUCAAAAGAUCAUAUUAAAAAUUGGAUAAGAUGCUUUCAAUUUUAGGAGGAUUUGCUAAUAUUGUAAUUGUUGUAUUAGGAUUUUUUGUUGGUAUGUAUAAUAAACAAUUAUGUAUGAUAUAAAUUCAUUUACAUUUAGAUUUAAUUGAAUUAGCUAAUUAAAUUUAUGACUUUAAUUUCGGGUAGGAAUAUUAAGAGAAAUUUGAAAGAUAAAAAUUAGUCUAAGACAUUACAUAUCUGAAAUCAUAACCUAUGAUAUUAAGUCGAUGUAGUCCUAUUUCAUCUAUGAAUCCUGGAAAUAAUUCUUUAGGUAAGAAUUAUAGAAUGUCUAUUCGAUAAACUUUUUCUUAAAAAUUUGAUUAUAUUUAAGGUGCUAAAAUGAAUAAGGAUGAAUCAUGUAAAAUGAUAUUAGGUAAUCAUUGGUAGCCAAUUGGAGAUAAGGAAGUUGAAUGGUAAAGUGCAGAUGCUGCUGAUAUCUAAAAUCAUCAUUAAAUUGAUGUUUCUGAUAUGAUAAAAGAGAGUGCAAAAAAUUAUUAUGAAGAUCAAAGAAUAUCUAAGGAUUAGACUGAAUAAGAUAGGAAAAAAUCUUAUAAAGAAAUUCAUUAAAAAAUUGUAAGAAAAAUAGGGAAUCAUAAUAAAAAAGAAUAUUUGACUAAGUAAAUUUAAGCUAUGCUUGAUCGUAGUAAACCUAUUGUUUUUACAAUUAAAUUUUUAUUACAUUAAUUGUUUUGUGGAAAAUUCUUUUAGGAUUAAAAUUCAAUUUUAUUAAAUAGAGCAAUGUAUGAAUUUAUAUUGAGAAUAGAAAGAAAAUCAAUUCAGAUAUUGAUAUAUGUGUAUUGAUAGACAAAAUAAAUGAAAUUGAAUUAAUUAAAGAGUUAUUAUUAAAUAAGGAUUAAUAGAUUUUAUUUAAUUUUGCUCCUAAAGAAGUGAUUACAAUUGAUAAUGAUUACUAUUAACAUUAGCCACCUGGUAGAAGGGAGAAUAAGUAUUUUAAUAUUAUUUACAUUUUACAUAGGAGAGCAUUUACAAAAACUCUUGGAGUUCAAUUUGGAGAUGUUGCCAAAAUGAUGUUAGACAAAAAAUUUAAAAAAGGGUAAUUUGUUACUCCUGGAAUGCAAAUAUAUUAUAAACUUUAUUCAGCAUAUGAAAAGGUUGCAUUAUCAAAUGAAUAAAACAAUAGAUUCAAUUAAAUUUUGAUUUAAAAACUUGGCUAAGAGGUUAAAGAUGUUUUUGA